AUUUAUUUGGCGCAGCGCUCCCAGCGCCCGCAGCUGGCUGGGGCCGCCGGUGACAUCACGAGCCCGGGCAGGCCACGUGACCCACGGCCUCUCCUCCCCCGCCUCCUCGCGUCAGCGCGGUCUUCGAGCCCAGUGUCCCGCCGCAGCGGCCACUCGGAGCUCUCGGUGCAGUGCGGAGCCAAGGGACCGGCGAGCGGUCGGAGCGUCGGGGCGGCCUAGGAGAGGGGCGGGAGCAGCGGGCUGUGCGAGCGGAGAGCCCCGGACGAAGCGAGCGACGUUCCCACAAACUUGUACGAGCGCCGGAGCUAUGAAGAUGGUCGCGCCCUGGACUCGGUUUUACUCCCACAGCUGCUGCCUGUGCUGCCAUGUCCGCACCGGCACCAUCCUGCUGGGCGUCUGGUACCUGAUCAUCAAUGCUGUGGUCCUACUGAUCCUGCUGAGCGCGCUGGCAGAUCCCGAUCAGUAUCAUUUUUCAGGCUCUGAACUGGGAGGGGAAUUUGAGUUCAUGGAUGAUGCCAACAUGUGCAUUGCUAUCGCAAUCUCUCUCCUCAUGAUCCUGAUAUGUGCCAUGGCUACUUACGGUGCAUACAAGCAACACGCUGCCUGGAUCAUCCCGUUCUUCUGUUACCAGAUCUUUGAUUUUGCCCUGAAUACUUUGGUUGCAAUCACUGUACUUGUCUAUCCAAAUUCCAUUCAGGAAUACAUACGACAGCUGCCUCCCAGCUUUCCCUACAGAGAUGAUAUAAUGUCCGUGAAUCCUACCUGUUUGGUCCUUAUUAUUCUUCUCUUUAUCGGCAUUAUUUUGACAUUUAAGGGCUACUUGAUCAGCUGUGUUUGGAGCUGCUACAGGUACAUCAAUGGCAGGAACUCCUCUGAUGUCCUGGUUUAUGUUACCAGCAAUGAUACCACGGUGCUGCUGCCUCCGUACGACGAUGCCACUGCUGUGACUGGCACCACCAAGGAGCCACCGCCACCUUACGUGUCUGCCUGAACGUGGUGGUGCGGAGGAGCUGAGAGCAGCAGCUUGAGCCUGUAGCUGCAUGAAUGAUCCUGUGGUUUCACUUCCAUGAUGUGCUCUUUGAGCCUGUUUGUUGUUAAAAUACCACAUUUUCCAAUUUAGAUGUUAAGUUGAAGCCCCUGUUGACACAUCCCCUGUAGCUAAAGCCAGUAGCGAGGCUGUAGGAUUAUCUUGGUAGGAGUGGGGUGGGAUGAGUUCCCAGAGUCUUUCUCAAAACUGUAGAUGUUGUUCCCCAGUCUGGUUUAUACCUGCCUGGCCCCAAAACUGCAUGGAGAGUUAUCCUUUUCCUCUCCAUUACCUCUGACUGUUUUAAAAGUACAAAAUCAAAAUUAGAUAAUACUUACAUCAUUCCAGUAUCCAUAAUACAAAUAACAUGAAUUGCUCUAAUUAGGUCGUUAGGAGCCCUUACAUAUGUGAUAAAAGAAUUUUCCUACUAUCCCCAAAUUCAAUGAUACUCUGAAUUUGCUGGUCAAGGUUUUUCUUUGGGCUAAAUAGAGACCCUGAGGUAAUAGGGAACAAUGAGGCAAGAGCUGCCCAGGCUGCCUGUUGUUUUGGGUAUGGCUGAUGUGUCUCUUCCUGUGUGAAAAGGGGAUCAGCUUGCUCGGCCCUGAGAGACUCACAUUUACUUUUCCUUGGUGUCCUGCCCCAGCAAAUCUCUUGCUUUAUUGAGCAGAACCACCCAUGUAUGUCUGGGAAAAGGUGUCCACACUCUCUUCUUGCAAGGUACAACCUAUUAUGAAUUUCUAAGUAUGCCUAAUCAUUUAUGAAAAUGUCAAGCAGUCUUCAGAAAGAUAAGAAGGUCUGUUGCCAUGUGGAAUGCUCUAGACUGUCUGGAUUUUGAAAGGCGUUUCUGUUCAUGUCUCUGAAUGUGAGCAGGUCUCCUGCUUGGUCAUUGCUCAAUGUGCUGUACACGAUGGCUUUGCAAUUAAAGUUUGUCUGCAUCCAAGAAA